GAGACAUAGCGGUACUUUCGAGAACGGCGAACUCUUUAAGUUUAUUUGACUCGUUUAUUUUCGAUCAAAAAAUGUCUUAUUAUGAGUUUGGAAUUUGUCCCUACAAUCCGGACCAUCGCAUCAUGCUGUUUCGGAUGCCAGGGCACAUUGUCAAGUGCAAGAAAAACUACCGAGGGCCGCCACUGCAGAUCUGCAAGUACAACGCCACUCAUCGUGUUCUGGACAUGGAGGAGCACCUGAAGGAGUGCACUUAUUACCGAAACUAUAUCGACACUCAGGCAGUAAGAAUUGCCCUAACUGUGCGCAAGGCUCCGACCGAGAAGGAAGACGACGACGAUAAUACUGAACUUUAA